AUGGCGUUCCAGCGGGAGCUCCUUCAGAGCGCCGACGGGGCGGGCCCCUCACUGCGCGCCGCCUCGGCCCGGGGAGAGGCCGCGCGGAGGCAGGCGUCGAGUGCGCAGGCUGCUCGGCUGGCCGGGCCCGUCGGAGGGGCGCGCCCGCAGGGCCAGUUGUUCGCUCGCCUCGCGGGGCUGGCGCAGCAAAGCGGCUUCGCGCCUGCCGACGCCCAGCUGUUGCAGGAUGCCUUGGCCACGGACUUCGAACGUUCCCCGCACUUCUUGAGUGAUGAGGCGCGGGCUGCGCUCAACGCGCCCAGCCGUGACACGCUGCGCAAGGCCCGCGCCGUUCUCUCGCUCGUCUCGUCGAAGCUGGGCCUCAAGAGCCCGUCAGAAGGCACCGUCGCGCACGCGACUGGCGCCGCG